AUGGAUGUGAAUUCAGUCCAAAGACCAUCAUCAAGAAUAAUACUGCAUACACAGGAAGAUUAUAAGCCUAGUAUGCAUUGCAAACACAAUCGGGACGAAUUGCACUCGGAGUACACCAUCAAAAAACGAUACAAAACAGACUCCCGCAAGGAAAAGGUGUAUUGGUCACCAGAAGAAACAAUUGCACUUCUCAAAGGCGUAGAGGAGUUUGGAACAAGCAACUGGAAGGCCAUCCUAGACAAGUACAAAAAUGUUUUCCACAGCGACAGAAAACACUCCAACUUGUUUGAUAAAUACAGAACAAUGAAUAACAAGACGUCAUACUACCGAGUAAAGAACAAACCAUUUGUUUAUGCAAACGAGAAUGGAGAAGAUAUACACAAUGCUUCCGGAGAAAGAGUUGUGUACUCGUCAAAGUUUCCAUCCGACGUUGCAAAAACAAUCGCACGUAAAGUUCUAUCGAAAGAGUCCGACAGCUGCUCAAUACACCUCAAGCAAGAAGAAAACAGCGAGGUAGUGAUUCACACAUACCAUGCAUCCCUCAACAACGGUAGAGUAUGCAUCAGGAAAACAUCGAGCGCAAUCCUUCAAACACCGCAGAACAUUGUGAAUGAAAGCAGGUAA